UUUUCUAGAGGCAACCACCCACGUUCUCUCUCUCUCUCUCUCUCGCUCUCUCUGGACCAUGCAUGCAGCGAUGACUGAUUCUACUAGGUGCGAUGUGGUCCAGAAGGUAAACUUCCCAACCCCAAGAAGCUUUUUCACUUCAUUCAAAUCUGAUCUUAAAGAGACAUUCUUCCCCGACGAUCCCUUCCGCUACUUCAAAACCGAACCACAUCAACUAGGUCGAGCCAAGAAGGCAAUCAAAUACUUCAUCCCUGUCUUCCAAUGGCUUCCCAACUACAACUUCCGUCUCUUCCUCUACGACAUCCUUGCCGGUAUCACCAUCGCUAGCCUCGCCAUCCCUCAAGGGAUUAGCUACGCUAAGCUCGCUAAUAUCCCUCCUAUCAUUGGCCUCUAUUCGAGCUUUGUUCCUCCUCUUGUUUAUUCCAUUUUUGGUAGCUCAAGAGAUCUUGCAGUGGGGACUGUCGCCGCUGCUUCAUUGCUACUCGCUUCAACUCUUGGAGAUAAAGUAUCUGCUAAGGACGAUCCCGCAUUGUAUCUCCGCCUGAUUUAUACUUCCACUUUCUUUACCGGAAUUUUUCAAGCGGCUCUUGGAAUCUUCAGACUUGGGAUUUUGGUAGAUUUCUUGUCGCAUUCGACGAUCAUUGGAUUUAUGGGAGGAACAGCCACGAUCAUUAGUCUGCAACAACUUAAGGGCAUGUUUGGUUUGACGAAUUUCACGUCCAAAACCGAUUUAAUCUCUGUUAUGUAUUCAGUCUUCAGCCAAAGGAAGGAGUGGAGAUGGGAGAGUGCAGUUGUAGGAAUAUGCUUCCUCGUCUUCCUCCUCUCCACCAGUGGCCUGAAGAAGAAGAAACCAAAGCUGUUUUGGGUGUCGGCAGUAGCUCCAAUGGUGACUCUAGUGGUGGGCUGUGUUUUCGCUUACGUGGUUCAUGGAGACAGGCAUGGCAUUCAAAUUGUGGGUCACUUGAAUAAAGGAUUAAAUCCUUCUUCUCUUAAACAAUUAAACUUUGAAUCUGAGUAUCUUCCUGUAACAAUAAAAGCUGGGAUCAUCACAGGCAUCUUGGCUCUAGCCGAAGGGAUAGCAAUAGGAAGGAGUUUUGCUGAAAUGAAAAACUACCAAAUAGAUGGGAAUAAGGAGAUGAUAGCUUUUGGGAUUAUGAACCUUGUUGGCUCCAUCACUUCAUGCUACUUGACCAGCGGCCCAUUUUCAAAAUCUGCUGUGAAUUACAAUGCAGGAUGUAAGACACAAAUGUCGAACGUAGUGAUGUCUAUGUGCAUAAUGUUGACUCUCUUAUUCUUAGCUCCUCUCUUUAGUUACACUCCUCUUGUGGCUCUCUCUGCAAUAAUCAUGUCUGCUAUGCUUGGGCUCAUCAACUACAAAGAGGUUUAUCGCUUAUUCAAGGUUGACAAGUUCGACUUUUGCAUUUGUAUGGCUGCUUUCUUGGGUGUCGUCUUCCUUAGCAUGGACGUUGGCCUCUUAUUAUCUGUAGGAAUCUCAAUAGUUAGAGCGCUUCUAUAUGUAGCUAGGCCUGGUGCUUCCAAGCUCGGGAACAUACCAAGCUCAACACUGUUUCAUGAUGUAGAGCAAUACCCUAAUGCAACUUCGGUCCCAGGCACUCUCAUCCUACAACUGGGAUCCCCUAUUUACUUUGCCAAUUCUGCUUAUAUCAAAGAAAAGAUCACAAAGUGGAUUGAAGAGGAGAUGGACGUUAAAAACUCAAAAGAGCGUGAUCUUGAGCAUCUAAUACUAGAUUUUGGAGGAGUUACAUCUAUUGACAUGACUGGCAUUGGAAUGUUAUUUGAAGUACACAAGAAUACUGCAAUGAGAGGAAUUAAGGUAGCCCUAGUAAAGCCUAAGGUAGCUGUGUUGGAAAAGUUAAUGCUAUCAAAAUUUAUUGAUUCUAUUGGGAAGGAAUUUGUGUUCUUAUCAAUUGAGGCAGCGGUUGAGGCAUCCCAUUUCAUGCUUAAUGAGUCAAAGGAUAACAAAAAUAAUACAGGACCCUCAACCAGUACAGAAAGCAAUAUUUAUGUAACAAAUGACAAUGAUCUAUAGUCAAAUCACCUGAUGACGUUGACCCCUAGGUUAUAUUGAUAGAUUUCAUUAAGUUGGUCAAUUGAUUUGGUACGAUUUCUAUUUCAAUUCGAUGGAAGUACAAAGAUUCUAUUCUCGAAAA